UUUUUUGACAACCUAACGAAGAAUGGGUUGAAAUUUAAUAAAGACGCGUUUAGAAAACCAUUAAUUUCGAGUUGUGUUCUUUUGUUGUUUUCGUUUGAUUUCUUUGAACGAAUAAUUACGAUUUUGGAAUCUACUUUAAAAAAAAAAAAAAUUUGUUUUGAAAUAUUUUAUGAAAGAAUUUACUCAACUCGUCCACUUUACAGAGAAAUUUGGUGUUUCUUUUAUUUUUAUUUCUGGGUAACCUGAUGGAGAACUGUGUGAAAUUCAAUAAAGAUGCAUUUAGAAAGUGAUAAACGUUGUGUUGUGUUUUUUUACUGUUUUUGCUUGAUUUCUUUGGGUGAUAAAAAUUAAUGGGUUUGUGAUUUUUAAUAGUUGUAGUGUUGAACUAUUUUUCUGUUUUUGGUCAAAGACAAUUGUAUUAGGGUUUAUGAAGGCUGCCUUAUUAGUCUGCGUUUUGAUGCGUGCUGUUCUAUUCAAUGUAUUAUGCAUUCUGCCAGUUGUACUCUAAUCGAGCAGAAGAUGCAUGCUCGUAUCAUUUCCCGACAUAGUGACAUUAGUUAGAGUCGGUGAAUAUGUUUUUUAAUCAGUAACUUAGUUUGAAUGUGAGCAUGAUUGCUAGUGUUUCAAAAGAUAUAUAUAAACUCUAUUAACUAUUUUGAUGUAUGAUUCAAAAACAGGGAAAAGAAUUUCUCAAGAAACAGGGAAAAUAAUAUCUUAGUGUUUCUUGAGGGGUUUGAAAGAUUUUAUGUCGAUACGUUUGCAGGUUACUCUAUAUUUUUUGUGUGAUUAAUUUAUUAAAUUAUGCGGAUCGAGGAGCAAUAGCAAGCAAUGGUGUAAAUGGGAUGCGCCAAACUUGCAAAGGUGGUAAAUGUUCAUCUGGUAGCGGAAUUCACUGCUAUGUGAUUGAGCUAAGGGUCGAUGAGUAUAUGUGUCUGUUCCAUACAUGUCUUUUUACUAUGUGUUAGACACAGAAGAAAAGGCCUGCAUGUGUCUCUUUUCACUAGACACGUGUACAAUAGGCUGUAUAUCCAAUGAGAAAGAAGUCCCUACCAAAGGGGUGACUUUGACUUGACAAAUUUUGAAGAUGGCGCUCUGUCUUCUGCUUUCAUGGUUGGACUUCUUGUGGCAUCUCCAAUUUUUGCAUCCUUAACGAAGAGUGUAAAUCCAUUUAGGCUGAUUGGAGUUGGACUGUCAGUUUGGACUUUCGCUACUGCUGGUUGUGGUUUUUCAGUUGAUUUCUGGUCCAUUACAUUCUGCCGCAUGCUAGUGGGUGUUGGUGAGGCUUCUUUCAUAAGUCUUGCAGCUCCAUUCAUUGAUGAUAAUGCCCCAGCUGCUCAGCCUUACCUACCUUGGAUAUUUUUGGCUAUAGAAGGAAGAUGCUUCCAAGAUGGAGCUGUAUACAUAAAGCAGGCUGAGGAAGUUGAUACUCCUCUUUUGUUGCAUUAUCGGAAAACGGCAUGGCUGGCAACGUUUUACAUGUGCAUACCAUCUGGGAUUGCAUUAGGUUAUGUUUAUGGCGGAUUGGUCGGACGUUAUUUAAGUUGGCGCGUUGCAUUCUUGGGGGAAGCAGUUUUGAUGCUUCCAUUUGCUGUUUUAGGUUUCAUUAUGAAACCUUUGCAGUUGAAAGGUUUUUCUCGUGCUAGAUCAGAAAAAGCAUCGAUAUAUGUGGAGACGGCUGCCUCAGAAAUUAAAGUUUCAAAUGGUACAGGUGACACAUCCACAGAGAAAGAGUUUGUAGAUCAAAGCUUGAACAAGCGUUCCAAGUCAAAGGGUGCAUUCUCAAGAUUUUUGAAAGACAUGAAAGUUCUUUCGCUUGAAAAAGUUUAUGUUGUAAACAUUCUAGGAUACAUAUCAUACAACUUUGUCAUUGGUGCAUAUUCGUAUUGGGGUCCAAAGGCUGGUCAUAGUAUAUACCAUAUGCACAACGCAGAUAUGAUUUUUGGAGCGGUUACAAUUGCAUGUGGAAUAUUGGGGACACUAAUGGGAGGAUAUGUUUUGGAUUAUAUGACUUCCACAAUCUCUAACGCUUUCAAGCUUCUUUCAGUGACAACAUGUGUGGGGGCAGCAUUUUGUUUUGGCGCCUUUUGUUUAAGGAGCCUAUAUGGUUUUCUAGCUCUUUUCUCAAUUGGUGAACUACUAGUAUUUGCCACUCAGGGUCCUGUAAAUUAUAUAUGUCUCCAUUGUGUUAAACCAAGCAUGAGACCGCUAUCCAUGGCCAUGUCUACUGUCUUCAUUCACAUCUUUGGUGAUGUACCUUCCUCUCCCCUUGUUGGAGUUCUCCAGGAUCGUGUUGAUGACUGGAGGCAGACUGCUUUGAUUUUAACAUCGGUUCUGUUCCUGGCUGCUGCAACAUGGUGUAUAGGGAUCUUUCUUAACGGUGUCGACAGGUCUGAUGAAGAGAGUGAGGAUUCAGACACAGAAGAUGAUGACAUGUCUAUUAAGUAUACAUCAUUGCCUGAAGAGAAGACAGGAGGAACAAGAUAACCUUCUGGUGAACCACAUAAGUCCUUGCCGGCCGCAUAACAAGCAACCAAUUCAGGCUGGUCCUAGUACUUAUUUCAUCAUGGACAUGGUCUGCUUAAUGCUUGUCUUAUUUGUAGAUUAUGCUCCAAUUGCCAGAUAACGUGGCAAGAUUUCAGAAUUUAUUCUGAACAGAAUAAAUUUAUUAGUCAAUUUUUUGGGGGUUAUAGCAAAUUUCAGUGCAGGUGUUUCCAAUUUAUAUAUAUAUAUAGAGGGUGAUUAAUUCUCCAUUUAAAUUUUAGUUUGAUGACUAAUAUAUCUCAAAUAUUUUCCUAGGAUUUAAGCCAUCAAGUUUACUAAUUUCAAGUCUGGAGUUUGAAAUCA